UAAAAAGAAGAUGCAGCGGCCAUUUUUACUAACAUCAUUACAAAUAUUAUUUCAAAUGAUUGUUGUAACAAUAUGCGCCAAAAUAAAUCAUUUAGAUUUGAUAUCAGCAGCCUCAACACAAAUCAUUCCAUGGCGGUGUCCAGAAAUCGCACAACAACCAGCUGUUGAAUGUUCGUGUGAUAUGCCUCACACGCUACGUUGCAAUGGUGACCGUCCAGAAGCAAUGCAAAUUAUUGGUCGAAAAUUGCGUUCAUUACCACCUGUAGCCUCAGUCUCAUUAUUGGAUUGUACAGUUCAAAAUGUUAGCGCACUGCCUGGACCACUGUUUGAAGGUGUUGCAUUACAUGGUUUAGUGGUGUCAUCGGGAGCAAUUAAGGAUGUUCAUAAGCAUGCAUUCAUGGGCUUAGCAUCUCCGUUACAAGCGUUAGGUUUACCAAAUAAUCAAUUGAGUACAAUACCAACGGCAGCUUUAGCGGCAUUACCAACAUUAGAUCGUUUAGAUUUAUCACAUAAUCUAUUGCGAAAGUUGGAUAACUCAUCAUUUAAGAGUCUAGAAAAUUUAACAUUUUUGGAUCUAAGCGAUAAUAAAAUCUCCGAAAUUAGCGAAGAUGCUUUCACAACACUACCACAAUUAAAAACACUACGUUUACGUGGAAAUGGUUUAACAAUUACUACAAUACAAACAUUAAAACCAUUACCAGGUAUCAAUGAUUUGGAUUUAAGUUCAAAUUCAUUAAUUGGACCAUUAGGUCGCCGCUCAAUAUCACCAAUGCCAACAUUACAAAUUUUACAAUUAUCACAUAAUGCAAUAAGCAGUUUAAAAAAGGGUGCACUGAAAGGUUUCAUCAGUUUAGUAACAUUAAUGUUACAUCACAAUCAGAUUGAUGUCCUAGAAGAUCAUGCUUUUGAGAAUUUAUCAAAUUUAACUCAACUCGAUUUAUCACAUAAUCGUAUUGUGGCUGUAUCCGGAGCAUCGUUGGCGCAUUUACAUAAUUUACUUGAUUUAGAUUUAAGUCAUAAUUUUUUACGUGCAAUUACCGCCGAUUUAAUAUUGCCACUAGAGAAUUUAAAAUCGUUAAAUUUAGACGACAAUGAUAUAUCGAUAAUCGCAAGUGAUGCAUUUCAACCAAAUGUAAAAUUAACAAAAUUAAAUUUAGCAGAUAAUCCACUAAAUUGCGAUUGCAGUUUAAUUGAAUUCGCUGUAUGGUUAUCAAAUUCCGAACAAUUAUCAUCCGAGGAUAAAAAAACAAUAAUUUGUAUGACUCCACCAUCAUUAGAAAAUGCUUUAUUAUCUGAAAUCAAUUCAGAAAAUUUACAUUGUGGAGAGGAUGAACAUGAACCAAUUAUGGCUCCGCCACCACCAAGUUCGUUAAUCGACGAUGUUCCUGUCGCAAAUAUUCGUGUUACAUUACGUAAUUUAACGUAUACUGCAAAUCAAACCAUUUUUGAAUGGUCUAUAGAUGAAAAUACAACAAUUCCUUAUACAUGCGACAGUUUAUUUAUUUACGAAGAUCUCCAAAAUAUUGGAGAAAUGUUAAUUGAAACACAUAAAAUCACUUGCAAUAACAGUGAUGAUAAUUUUAAUCAUAUAACGUUAAUUAAUGAAAAUAUGGAUUUAGAAAUGAAUCAUAAAUAUCGUUUUUGUAUUGUAUUAUUCGAGGGUAAUUCACAUUCUGAUGAUAUUUCAUUAAUUGUCGAAUCACAUUAUAUAUUUACUGGUUUAUUAGAUCAUGGACCAUAUCAAAUAUGUGCAUUAAUUAUUUUACAAAAUAAUACUGACAUUAAUAAUAAUGAGGAAUACAUAAACUCACAACAACCAAUAUCGACCACAGCGACAUCUCUAAGUCGAUAUUGUGUACCAGUUGAAAUAAGUGGUGGUGGUAAUCAUUUAUGUAAACCAAAAGUACAAAGUAAUACUUUAGAGAAUCCACAUCAUCAAUAUUUUUUACCACCGUCAUCAGUCAUUGAAGAUGAGCAACAUUCACGUUAUGUUAAAUUACAUGCUACUACCAAAUUAUGA